AUGGAUAACUUAAAGAAAAGGAAGAUGAUUUUCCUUUGUAACACAGCUUGGCCCCUAUAUAUGUUGGGUGAGUCAGAGGUUUGGCCAUCCAAUGGGUCCACUAAUUACAAUACUAUUCUUCAGUUAGAUCUUUUUUGCAAAAGACAAGGAAAGUGGGGUGAAAUCCCUUAUGUUCAGGCUUUCAUGCACCAUAGAGAGCAUUAUAAUCAGGGCAUGGGGAGAAAACCACAGGACUCCCUGCAAACACAGAGGGAUUGGUGA